CAGGAAGUUAGAACUUAGAAGAAAACUCUCAACGGCCGGGCAGUUCUCGAUCGAUGACCAAUGACCAUCACGCCUAGCUAAUUUCUUCUUGUCCAUGGAAUGAAACCCUUCCUUUCUGGAGCAGCUCGAUUCCGCCCUCCCAUGGACAAGGUGAGUGCGGUCUCCAAGUGACGUGAGGCAUUUAAGAGUAAGUUUUUCAAUUCUUAAUGUUGGCGUUUGAUUGCUUCACUAUCUCGUACAAUCUGAUGUUUUCUCUUACAUUGUUCUCUUCGUAAGAGUAUUUUUGAAUUAUUAGUCAAGAUUCUAUAUAAUUUGAUUCGAUGGAGACAUAAUUCUCUUCUGUUCAUGGAAUUUCAAAAACUGAUUUGUGUAGGUAAGUUCAGGUUUACAUUUUGAUUAGUAUUGCCGGGGGCGGACGCAGAAAAAACAUCUUGGGGCGAAAAUAAUUUUUGAAGGACUCAAAAUAAUUUUUGGGAAGAGGGAAAUUAUUUUUCGUAUAUAUAUACGCUAAAAAAAUUGUUGGGGGCGGUAGCCCCCUUGGGUCUCUACUAUGGUCUGCCCCUGAGUAUCGUUGUUCUUGUUGAGACAAAAGAGUUGAAGCUCCAUUCCCCGUGUGUGAUUCUGCAGUUUUGAUUCUUGGAUAAUUUUUCAAGUUUAAUUUCAGAGCCCAUUUCCUCUUCAUCCAGGCCUAAUCAAAGCCAGAAGAACUUCCCGUCCGGCGAGUCGCACUGUCGCAGUCGCAGAGACGCCAGCCAGCGGCUAAGAGGCCUGCAGCCCCGCACACCACACCCGCCUCCCGCCUCCCGCCGCCGCAUCCCCUUCCGCCGCACCCGCCUCACGCCGCCGCUGCCUGGUAAUCUGCUUCUCACUUCAUAGCUUCUUGGAGUUCUGGCUGCCUUCGUUAAUCUCCCCAACAGGCAUUAUAUAGCGCAGUAGCAAGUGGUUAACUCAGACAUGGUGGGGUGAACGUGUGAAGUUGGUUACCAGUAACGUGUAGAAAUUGCUACUUGGUGAAUUCUUGUCCGCCAUCUGCAAUGAUUUUGAAUUUACUGCUGGUGUUCUAAAUUCUUUGGAGCAUGUACAUGCACAUGAUUAAAGUUGUCCAUCGCCAACUUUUCUUAUCUUAUGCCCGUGCAUUUUUUUGCAUGUUCACAUGUUGUAUUAAGUGUUUCAGGAGUACACUGUCUUCAUGAUCUUCAGAAGAAGCAUUUAUCAUCUGCUCCCAUCAGCUCAUCUGAUUAUUCAUCCAAUUCCCAUAGCAAACAAUUUAAAGUUUUUCUCCACCUCAGGUUCUUUCCAUUCUGGGUUGAGAACAGAUUCUGAUAUUGGCAUCCUACUUGCUAAAUUGUCUCCUGGGAGCAGUGAGGAUGAGGUUUUCAUGUCUCUUCAAUCCAACCCAGACUGUGAUGCCAUCCAGCCUAGUCAUAACCUUGUUGGGAAACUGCUUCAUUGCUUCAAAGAUGAUUGGAAGUCAGCAUUGGGAGCUUUUAGAUGGGCAGAAUCACGACCCGGCUACAAACCCUUACCAGAAUUCUACGAUAAAGUGCUGGACAUACUCGGGAAAAUGAAAAAAAUGGAUAAAAUGUGUGCUUUUUUAGAUGAAAUGUCUGAAAAUCAGGAUCAUAUUGUUACUCUAAGCACCAUAGGGAAAGUCAUGAGAAGGUUUGCAGGAGCUGGGGAAUGGAAAGGAGCAGUUAGGGUAUUUGAUGAGUUAGGCAAAUAUGGGUUUGAGAAGAACACUGAAUCCAUGAAUUUGCUACUUGAUGCACUCUGCAAAGCAAACAGAGUUCUCCAGGCACGUGAAAUCUUUUUGGAGCUUAAGUCGCACAUUCCACCAAAUCUAAACACUUUCAACAUAUUUAUUCAUGGGUGGUGCAAUGCCAACCGGGUGGAUGAAGCUCAUUGGACGGUUCAGGAGAUGAAAGGGCAUGGGUUUCACCCUUGUGUUAUCAGCUACUCGACGAUAAUCAAUUCCUAUUGUAAGCAAUCUGAGUACCCCAAAGCCUUUGAGCUUCUUGAUGAAAUGAAGGCUCAAGGGUGCAAACCAAAUGUGGUCACCUUCACCACAAUGAUUUCUUCAUUGACAAAGAUAGAGAGGUUUGAGGAAGCACUGAAGGUUUGUGACAGGAUGAGAUCGUAUGGUGUUGAACCUGAUACGCUUUUCUAUAACGCAUUGAUUCACACAUUAGGUAGGUCCUGCAAGCUGAAAGAGGCUAUAGAUGUCCUCAAAGUUGAGAUGCCGAUUUAUGGUGUGAAACCAAACACUUCAACUUAUAAUUCUUUGAUUGCGAUGUUUUGUUAUCACAGACAAGAAGAACCUGCUUUAGAGUGUCUGAGAGAAUUGGAAAGAUCGCCACAUUGUGAACCUGAUAUGCAGUCAUACUAUCCUGUGCUCAAGCUUUGCUUUAGAAAUGGGAAGACUGAUGAUUUAUUGCCCAAGUUACUAGAUGACAUGGUUAAUGAGCAUCAUCUGAGUUUGGAUCUAUCAGGGUAUUCACUUUUGAUCCAUGGGUUGUGCAGAUCAAAUAAAUGUGAGUGGGCAUAUAGGCUUUUUGAAGAGAUGGUAGCCAAAGAGGUCACACCUCGAUAUCAGACAUGCACUCUUCUUUUGGAGGAAAUUAAACAGAAGAAUAUGUUUCAUGCUGCCGAGAGGAUUGAAGACUUCAUGAAGAAAAUGAAAAAAUCCUCUUGAACUAGUGUAUAGUUUUUUUGAAGCAAGUGCCUCACCAAUUCUGUGAUGAAUAAAAGUCAAAAGUUACUAUCUUGUGUAUCGUUGUCUUGUUAAUGAUAUACUAAAUUUGAGGCUCUAAACAUGGUAUUUUGCAUCAGAUUUGCGUAUUUGGGAUAAGAUCCAGAAAAUUGUGGCAAUAGAAGUCGUAGGAAUGUAUCGCUUACAGGACAGAUACAUGUAUUUCUCUAAAAUUGCUGCUUUGCUUGUUUGGUCCGCUGGAAGUAUUUAAGCAACUACAGCUUCAAACAACAAGAAUCAAACAAGCUGCCAUGUGAGAAGAAAAAAGGACAACAGCCUGUAGUCUUCAUGCCACCGCCAUAAACCGAAGAAGAUAUCAGAAAUUUCCCCAACAAUGUUCGAAAGUAUUGUGAGUCUGCCCGUGUUUGUCUAUUGCAUUUUGUGGUAAUUUUACUUGUCACCCUACUUACGAUUAGCCUUAUAUUAAUCCCAUUUGUUUUAAUAAAUGUUAUUUUGUGUGAUAAAAGGACAACUAUGAAGAACAACAAUCCACUAAAGUCAAGUUUGAAAUUGAUUAAAAUCGAUAUAUUUUUGUUGCGGUUGUUUCUCAAACUUAUAAAAUUAAUGAUGUGAAUAAGUGGGUAGUCAUCGGGAUUACCAAACACAUUUGUAAAACAAAAGUUCUUUUACCUCUUAUACUACUAUAGAAGAUGAUGAAGAGCUCGUGUACUUAGCAGACUCAAAAACUGCAAAGGUGCAUCGUAAAGGGAAAGCUCUUCUUAAGCUCACAUCGGAGAAAACUUUAUCACUAAAUGACGUGCUUCAUGUGCCUGAGAUUUGGACUAAUUUAGCUUCCGUUUCUCUCUUGGGAAAAGGUGGGGUUAAAAUAUUUUUUGAUUGUGAAAAAAUAUCUUGACAAAAAAUGAAGUGUGCAAAUGCUAUUGUAAGAAUGAAUGUUAUGUGC